GAAAGUUAUUUGUUGGUAUAAUUUUGUGGAAAACGGCUGUGGGUUUCUCUUAGGAAAUCGGAACCCUUCUGUCUCCGGAGUUGACGGCGACAGGCUUCCGGUGGAGCUUCAUACUAACACAGAGGAGUAGCAGGCAGUGGCUCUUUCCGGAAUGGAAUCAAAAUUCUUUCGGUUUCUUAAGAUCGUCGGGGUUGGUUUCAAAGCAAGAGCUGAAGCUGAGGGGCGAAUGUUAUACCUGAAGCUUGGUUACAGCCAUGAGGUUGAGCUGGCGGUUCCUCCGGCUGUUCGCGUGUUUUGUUUCAAACCAAACAUAAUCUGCUGCACCGGGAUCGACAAGCAAAGGACACAUCAAUUUGCUGCAGCCGUCAGGAGCUGUAAACCCCCAGAAGUCUACAAAGGGAAAGGGAUAAUGUACAUUGAUGAAGUGAUUAAAAAGAAGGCUGGAAAGAAAUCAAAAUGAGCUCUCUCAGGUUUUUUGUUUUAUAUUUCUUCUUGAUAAAACUCACUCCUCUACUGAGAAGACUGAUGUAGAGCUUGUGUUCUGGAUUCAUUGAAAACAAAUCUUCAUUUUCUUCUUGGUAUAAAUGAUUGUGACACUGUUUUUCUUUUGAAGAUAUUAUUAUGUGUCAUUUUCUGUUUGGCAACAAGUUUAGUGUUUGGCUUUUACAUUUUGAAAAGAUUAUGUAAUGACAGUGUUUAGUAUUUUCAAAGUUAAUCUGCACUAUUAUAAAAUAAUUCAAAACACUAAGGUUAAUUCAAUACAUUGUUUUUGUUAUAAAGCUGACAUGGUACU